UAUAUAACGUAGACAUUUCUUUUAUCUUAUUCAAUUUUAAAUUCUGUUAAAUCGCUGCGUCGGCGCGGUCCGCUUAGUUCGUUGGAAACUCGAAAUGUUUAUGUAUAAAUAAGGUUAAGCAAUAAUAAAAUGAAAACAUAAACAAAAGCGGUAAAGAAUUGGCAAUGAAAUCUUCUAUUUCCCGGAAUUCCUGUCGCCUGUUGCGCGUGUGCUAAUGUUAGUGGGAGUACGAGUGCUUGUGUGUGUGUGUCUGUGUGAGUGCCUUCAAUAUUGUUUACUAAGCCGGUCAGUCAGAUUGGUCAAAAUUAUUGUGCGCCACGCUUUAAACGAAAGUGAUUUAUUGUUGUUGUUAUUAGUUAAAGCUCAAUUGUAACAAUUGUUGUUGUUGUUGUUGUUACACUGUGCCGGCUGUUCCUGCUGAUCGGUUGUGUUGGCGGAGGAGGGAAAGGGGCGGCAAGUCACCGAGUUCAAAUUUCUUAAUCAACGGGACCUCUUUCUCUCUCUUUUUCUUUAAGAUGCUUAACUCCAACAAGAUGCUGCGAAAUAAUGUCCAUGGCCAUAAUGGUAGCAUUAAGUCGUCAGCCUCACUGCGUUCCAGCAGCAAAUCCUUUCAAGCCAAAAUGGAUAAAAUGUCCGAGCAUCUGUAUGAUAUUAUCAAAAGCGGUUCGAUGGUGAAACGGGCACAAAAUAAAAAACGCUUUACACCUGUCAAUUAUAAACAUCGUUGGUUCGAGUUGACCAAACGAACACUCUGCUAUUUCGAUACAGAUAAUGUAGACCGACGACGUGAACGCGGCAGAAUACAGUUGAAGGGCGUUCGCCUUGUGGAGGAGGCAACAGUUAACGGCGAAGGUGGUGAUCCCUUUGCACCGGAUGGUUAUCCCUUUCAAGUGGGCUACUGCGAGACAGCAACGAGACAGACCGAAGUGUCGGCCAACGGUGGUGGAGUUGAGGGACAACAGGGAGGACGCGCGGUGCCUCAAUAUACACUCUACGUGAUAGCCAACAGCGACAAGGAGCGCAGCGAGUGGAUCAGAGCCAUACGACAAGUUUGUGAGGACAGCAAUACCCCCAAGUCAUAUCGCUAUCAUCCUGGCUUGUGGUCCGGCAAAAAGUGGAGCUGCUGUAAGGGUCUAGCCCGCAAUACAUUCGGAUGUCGGGCCGCGGCACAUUGGCGUGAAGCUAACAAUAAUCCAAGCAACGGCAGUUCUCCAGCCCAGAAUUCAACGCGCAGCAUCAGUCCCAACAAUUCAACAACAAACAGUCAAUUCAGUUUGCAACACAACAGUUCAGGGAGCUUAGGCGGCGGCGGAGGGGGAGGAGGCGGCGGCAGUCUUGGCCUGGGCGUAGGCAACGGCAGCGGCGGCGGUGGAGGAGGUGGCAGUUGUACGCCCACAUCACUACAGCCACAGUCCUCGCUGACAACUUUCAAACAAUCUCCCACUUUACUCAACGGCAACGGAAAUCUAUUGGAUGCCAAUAUGCCUGGUGGAAUUCCCACACCUGGUACCCCCAAUUCCAAAGCCAAGGACAAUUCACAUUUUGUCAAAUUGGUGGUCGCCCUUUACCCAUUCAAAGCCAUCGAGGGCGGCGACUUGUCACUAGAAAAGAAUGCCGAAUACGAGGUCAUUGAUGAUACACAAGAGCAUUGGUGGAAGGUCAAAGAUGCGGUUGGCAAUGUUGGCUAUAUACCCAGCAACUAUGUUAAACCCAAGGCCCUGUUGGGUCUCGAACGCUAUGAAUGGUAUGUGGGCGACAUGUCACGACAGCGGGCCGAAUCUCUAUUGAAACAAGGCGACAAGGAGGGCUGCUUUGUGGUGCGCAAGUCAUCAACCAAGGGUCUCUAUACAUUAUCGCUGCAUACCAAAGUUCCCCAAUCGCAUGUGAAGCAUUAUCACAUCAAACAGAAUGCCCGUUGCGAGUAUUAUUUGAGCGAGAAGCAUUGCUGCGAAACUAUACCCGAUCUGAUUAACUAUCAUCGCCACAAUUCGGGUGGCCUUGCCUGCCGCUUAAAGUCAUCGCCCUGCGAUCGUCCAGUGCCACCAACAGCCGGUUUAUCUCAUGAUAAAUGGGAAAUUCAUCCCAUGGAACUGAUGCUAAUGGAAGAGCUGGGCUCGGGUCAAUUUGGUGUAGUCCGUCGUGGCAAAUGGCGCGGCUCCAUUGACACAGCUGUCAAGAUGAUGAAAGAGGGCACUAUGUCCGAGGAUGAUUUCAUUGAGGAGGCCAAGGUGAUGACCAAACUACAGCAUCCGAAUCUAGUGCAAUUGUAUGGUGUGUGCUCCAAGCAUCGACCCAUUUACAUUGUCACCGAAUACAUGAAGCAUGGAUCGCUAUUGAACUAUUUGCGUCGACACGAGAAGACGCUAAUUGGCAAUAUGGGACUACUGCUCGAUAUGUGUAUACAGGUUAGCAAGGGUAUGACCUAUCUGGAGCGUCACAAUUAUAUACAUCGCGAUCUGGCGGCUCGCAAUUGUCUUGUGGGCUCUGAGAAUGUUGUUAAAGUGGCUGACUUUGGCUUGGCACGCUAUGUCUUGGACGAUCAGUACACUAGCUCCGGCGGCACCAAGUUUCCCAUCAAAUGGGCACCACCGGAAGUGCUCAACUAUACGCGCUUCUCAUCGAAAAGUGAUGUCUGGGCUUAUGGCGUACUCAUGUGGGAGAUCUUCACCUGUGGCAAGAUGCCCUAUGGCCGCCUAAAGAACACUGAGGUCGUUGAGCGUGUCCAGCGUGGCAUUAUAUUAGAGAAACCAAAGUCGUGUGCCAAGGAGAUUUAUGAUGUCAUGAAGUUGUGCUGGUCACAUGGACCCGAAGAGCGUCCCGCUUUUCGUGUACUAAUGGAUCAGCUGGCUCUAGUGGCCCAGACACUGACCGACUAAAUACUGAGGAUCAUUAUAAUUAUUGCUGCAUCGCACUGAAUAACACAGACGCAUUAUUAAGAUGAAAAUUAAAGUUAAAGUUAAUGAUACGAAACAAGGCAUAAAAUUAAGUUAAGCGUGUGAAGCAAAGUGUGAAAGAAAGGGAAAUAGAAGACGAGUUAUGAUCAUAUAUAUAGAUUUAUAUAAAUAUAUAUACAUACCUAUAUAUACCAUAAGAUUUAGUUAAGCAAAUGCCAGUCUAUGAUUAUUCCCCAUCAUUUUAUUAUUAUUAUAAUUAUAAUAUAUUUGGAUGUUUUGAUAGAGCGACAAGCUGAGCGAAUGAUAUCAUUAUGUUUACGAAUGCGUUAACUGUUAGUUAGUUGGCACUAAACGCAACUACUAACUGGCUAUAUAUAUAUGUGUGUAUAGCAAACUAGUAUAUACAUAUAUGUGUAAUGCAAAUAACAUUAUAUAAAACUGUAGUAAAUAGUCAAAUUUUUGAUACAUUUCACAACAUAGAGAUGAGAACGCAAAUAUGAUUACGAAUUAUAAUGCA